AUGGGCGCAUCUCCCAUCGACUCCAUGCACCAUUCCUUUGGCACAUUGCUGGACUACAACAAGGACACUUUUCCCUACAAGGAGUUUGUCCUCGGUGUUAUGUUCGCCGUCUUCCUUUGGGAAGAGUACUUGAGAUUUCGGUACUACAGGAAACUAUGCGCUACAGAGGUACCAAUCGCACUCCGUGAACACGUCUCGCAGGAAACAUUCGACAAGGCGCAAGCCUAUGGACGUGACAAGGCUCGGUUCGGCCUUGUCGAAACUGUUUUUAGCUUGGUCCAGAACGCCUUCUCGAUUGUGUAUGACUUCUUGCCCUGGCUCUGGAACGUCUCCGGAGAUGUCAUGUUCAGGCUGGCAGGCUACAGCGACGAAUACGAGAUCACUCAAUCCAUCAUCUUCUUUGUUCUGUUGACCGUCUUUUCGACCAUCGUCUCCCUGCCCUUCUCGCUGUACCAGACAUUUGUGAUCGAGGAGAGACAUGGGUUCAAUAAACAGACCCUGAAACUGUUCAUUAGCGACACUAUCAAGGGGCAUUUGAUUGGAGGUGUCAUUGGCAUGCCUUUCCUGGCAGGAUUCCUUAAGGUUAUCAAGCUCGGCGGCGAGAACUUUUAUCUCUACGUCUGGCUCUUUAUGGUGGUAUUCCAGCUUAUCAUGGUAUCGAUCUUCCCCACCUUCAUUCAACCUCUCUUCAACAAGUUCGACCCUCUCCCUGAGGGAGAGCUCCGCACUAUGAUCGAGGCUUUGGCCAGCCGUAUCAGCUUCCCUCUGACCAAGCUCUUUGUCAUUGACGGAAGCAAGCGUUCCGGCCACUCGAACGCCUACUUUUACGGCUUCUUCAAGAACAAACGCAUUGUUUUGUACGACACUCUGCUGGAGCACUCGGACAACGACGAGGUCUGCGCCACCCUUGCUCACGAGCUUGGACAUUGGGCUUGCAAUCACACCAUUCAGAUGCUGGUCUUUGCUCAGGUUCAACUCUUUGCUGUCUUUUACCUCUUCUCGCAAUUCGUCAACAACAAGGCCAUGUACACCGCCUUCGGAUUCAUGGACUCGACCCCUACGCUGAUCGGAUUCCUGCUGUUCCAGUUCCUCUACUCCCCCGUCGAGAGCGUCCUUCAGUUUCUUGUCAAUAUGAACAGCCGUCGCAAUGAGUUCCAGGCCGACGCUUAUGCGCGCGACCUUGGCUAUGCGGCACCCUUGGCGUCAGGAUUGGUGAAGCUUCAGCUCAAGAACUUGGGAUCUAUGAACCCUGACUGGCUCCACUCCAUGUACUACAGGUCCCACCCUGACCUUGUCGAGCGCCUGGAUGCCAUCCUGACUCCUGCUCGUGGCUCCAAGGUCGAGAAGGUUGAAUAA